CGAGACAGCUCGGUCCCCUCAUCGUUUCUUUCAAAAGACAUAUGAACCCCACGGUGCUUCAUAUAACUUAUCCUCACAUCUCGAAAUUUAAGUAAACAUCUCAACUUUGGCAACAAGCACGAACUAUAACCAAACCAAACAACAAACACACACCCAACUUCAGACACAAUGGCGUCCCAGAACCCAGACAUCCACCUCUAUACCGCGCAGACUCCUAAUGGCAUCAAGGUCUCCAUCCUCCUCGAGGAGCUUGGUGUGCCUUACAAGGUAACCGCAAUCGACAUCACCAAAGACGUCCAAAAGGAGCCCUGGUUCCUCGAAAUCAACCCCAACGGCCGCAUCCCCGCCCUAACCGACAAGCUCGAGGACGGCACGCCCAUUUCCCUGUUCGAGUCCGGCGCCAUCAUGCAGUACCUGGUCGACCGCUAUGACAAGGACCACAAGGUCUCGUACCCGCAUGGUAGCAAGGAGUACUACGAGACCCUAAGCUGGCUGUUCUGGCAGAUGGGCGGGCUGGGCCCCAUGCAGGGACAGGCUAACCAUUUCACUCGGUACGCGCCCGAGAAGAUUCAGUAUGGUAUUGAUAGGUACCAGAACGAGACGAGGAGACUGUACAGGGUUAUGGAUGCGCAGUUGGCGAAGAAUGAGAAGGGUUAUUUGGUGGGGGAUAGGCCUACUAUUGCGGAUUUCUCGUGCUGGGGGUGGGUUGCUAUUCAUGGCUGGAGCGGCAUCAAGGACUUCGAAACCCAAUUCCCCAACCUCAACGCCUGGCUGAACAGACUUCUCGAGCGCCCCGGCGUCGAAAAGGGCAGACAUGUGCCCAGCAAGCAUUCGGCGCUGGAGCUCAACAAGUUGAGCGAGGAGGAGCUCGAGGCUAAGGCGGUGUCUUCCAGGGCGUGGGUCCAGAAGGGCAUGGCUGAGGAUGCGAAGAAGUAAGGGAAACGAAGCAAACAGUGGGCAGUGGGAAACGAGCUAUGAGCUAUGAGCACUGUGCUUGCUCGUGAUACUGUCAGGUAGAUGAAUCUCGAAACUGACGAGUUUUUUCUGUGAGAAAGGUUUCGGUCCAAGGUUUAGGUUUGAUAUGGCAAGUUAGGAGGUAGUGGUAACCGGGCCUCCUCCAUGAUGGUCUUUGGUGAUAUGGACUACCCUGGGAUGUGACUGCCGCGAUGAAUGCCAUGCGCGCUUGCGACCUCAUAUCUCGAGUUAGCUGAGGAAUGUCAAGUCAGUAAACCCG